AUGGGGCUUCCAUUUCGAAGUCUCACGAUGCUUGUUCUACUAAUUUGGUUUCUCCGGUGGCCAAUAAUUGAAGCUCAAACACCUGCAAGAUCUCUCGAUGCUAUCCUUCAGGACUACGCUUAUCGUGCAUUUGUUCGACCACGAACUGGCAUUCCCUACGACGGAGUCCCCCCUUCAAAUUUCUCCGGCAUUCAAAUAUCAGCAAUCAGACUUCGAAGUGGUAGCUUAUACACUAGAGGCGUUGAAUCAUAUAAAGAGUUCACAAUCCCAAUCGGAGUUAUAUCACAACCAUACGUGGAAAGGUUAGUCUUCGUCUACCAAAACCUCGGAAACUGGUCCACUAUAUACUACCCUUUACCUGGCUACAUCUAUCUAUCUCCUAUCCUGGGUCUUCUCGCUUACGACGCCUCAAAUUUAUCAGCCAAAAACCUACCGGAGUUAGCCAUUCAUGCCUCCGAGGAACCCAUUUCAAUCAAUUUUCCACAACCAAAACCGGUUCCCAAUGGUUCAAUCGCAGAAUGCGUUCACUUCGAUCUAAACGGUAAUAUAAAUUUCACAAAUUUGGUAUCAAGAACAAUAUGUGAGACAUUCGAACAAGGGCAUUUCUCCAUUGUAGUCAAAUCCACCAUCGCCCCUUCACCAGCUCCAGCACCACCACCACCACCACCACCGCCACCACCUCAUGGUGGUGGUGGCGGGAACGGGAAAAGGGUCGGGAUCAUUGUCGGAGCAAUCGCGGGUGGGAUCGCAUUACUUGUGUUGUUGGCAUUGCUGAUAUUGUGGAUAUGGAAAUUGAAUAAAAAGAAGAAAAUGAAUAAAAUGGAAAAGGCGGCGGAUUCCGGCGAAGCGUUGCAGAUGACGGUGGUCGGAAACACGAAAGCUCCGGCAGCCACCACGACAAGAACACAACCGACCCUGGAAACGGAAUAUGUCCCGUGA